AUGAUAAAUUAAUAAGUAAACUCUACAAAAACAGAACCAGUAUAAAUUAAUUAUGAUUAAAUGAAAGGUAAUGUGCAUAUCAUAAUUAGGUCCAUUUUAAUAUGCACCAUUUACUAUUGAUCAUCCAGGAUAGCCAGAAGAUGAUUUCUCAGUCAAAGACCCAACUGUAAAGACCGUAGAUCGAUCCAGAUUGUGUUUAUCGCCCUUCAAUGUCAAUCAUGAGGUUUCCUUCUUAUUUUGAUUUUUAAGAUUUCUAAUGAAAGGAUUUCCUUCAUCUAAGAACCAAGCAACUUUCAAUUAUUGGCAUUCACCUAAAAAAGCCAAGAGACUACUAAAGGUUUCUAAAAUCAGAGGAAACUCAAACCCAAAUUUGCAGAACUUCUCAAAAGCAAAAUCAACAUUAAUGAGAAAGUAAGGAAGUAUUCCUAUAUUUUUGAUCUGGGCCAAUUAGACAGCAUUCCAUCAUGUAUUAAAUGUGUUGAGUUUUAGUUGUCCUGUAGCCCAAUUCAAAAUUGCAUAAAUAUUGGAGUCUCAUUUAUUUAUUGAUAAUGAUAGUUCAGGUUAUAAUCAUUCCGUUAAAGCUCGCACACAUUUAUGUUAUAUUUCUCACUCUCAAACUUGUGGAUGCCCUCUUGAACUCUAUCUCAACAUUUGCAAUUAAUGGAUAAAUUGAAACUCACCUCAUAACCAUCAUACAUCAUUACUGCAAAUCCUAAUUGAUAUUUGAUAUAGUAAACAUACAUUUCUAUGAACUCCUAGACUUUUCUCAUUACAAUUCUACUUUAACAGAAUUACUGGAGCAUCAUUAUCAACUUGCUGAGUACUAUUCCUAGAUUAGUAUAACUGUAAAAGCAAAUCUAAUUGUAAAUAUACAUGCAUAACCCCGUAGUGAAUACAAUAUCUUCAAUUAAUUGUCACUUUUAGCAAUUUUAAUAAUAAAAGCGAUAUUACUGGUCCACGUCCUCACUUGCUUUUGGUUAUUCAACUUGUUACAUGAAGAGGAGGAAUCCUUCUUAGAAUAGUAUUUGCAUUCCUUGUACUACGUAUUAAGUAUAUUGACGUUCAACUCUGCCUUAAUCGAUAUAAAUGACCAUCAGAGUGUUAUUGUCUAUUCUGUCAUUUCAUUCAUUUCUCUCCUUUUCUUGGCGUACUUCUUAGCUAAAAUGAUUGCAAUAAUCAAGGAGGAGGAACUAGAACAACAGUUAAGUGAAUUUAUGACUUAAACAAAAUUGGAUUCAACUCUGAAACAAAAAAUAUUGAGUCAUUUGCUCUAUCAACCAUAAUACUGUCAUGAUAGAUUCAUUUCAAAACUAUCCAGUAACUUAAAUUAAGAAUAUAAAGUCAGUCAAAGAGCCAAAUUAUUGUACUCAUAUUUUAAACACUUUAAUAAAAGGACAAUUUAAUAAGUUAUUGAUAAUAGCUACGAAAUUGUAUGUUAACCGGAUUAGACCAUAAUUCAAGAAGGUACAUUGGAUGACUGCUCUUUAUAUUUCAUCUUAAAAGGUUCGGUCUAUUUGAAAUCAAGGAAUAAUAUCAAAUUAUAGGUUUUUAAGCAAAAUUAAUCAUUUGGUGAAAUUGAAUUUUAUACUCAAAAACCAAGGAACUUCAGUGUUCAAAGUGAAGGAGUAACUAGACUAUUAAAAAUUGAACGCUCAACUUUCUUAGAACUCUUGAACUUUACUGACAAAGUAUAAUUAAACUGAUAUCAAUACCUAGCAAUUGUUUUAUCAACAGAGGGAUAAAAUCAUCUUCAAUUUAGGUUUACCAAUUGAAUGUGCCUGUUGUUUAAAAGAUGAUCACAUUAUCACCAAAUGUCCUAUGUUGACAUAUAGGCCAGAUACAAGUUGCAUUGUAAAAAGGUUUACUUUUCCGCAUAGCCAAUUAAGAAAAGAAUGUAGCUAUUGGUUAAAUAAUACAUAGAUAAAAGAAGAGCCUCGAAGGAUAUGAAGGCAUUAAAUUUUUAUUAAUGUGCCUCAUAAUAUGAAGUGGCAUUUUUAAAACUGUUUUCAGAUUAAUUACAUAUGUCAUAACUUAGCCAAUCCUAAUUUCCCUAUGAUGAUUUGGCUAUUCGAGAUUCUUAUAUUAGUGCUAGAAGUCUAACAAAAUUAAGUAGAGACAGAUCAGUUGUCAAGUCCACUUCUUUUAUGAAAUAGCAAUCAGCUUAUGAAUAAUAAUCGUUUCCAAAUAACACAGACAAUAUAUUGUAUUCAUAAACAUCAUUAAAAGCUCUAAUUUAGAUUAAGAUAAAGAAUUUCAAAUCCUCAAUGGUAAAUAAGAUAAAAACUAUGAUGAAUUUGCAUCAUUAGCCAGAACAGACCAAUAGAAGAGAACUUUUGCCACUGCUGGAUUUGGAUCUCAAAGCUUAGCUGCAUCAAAUAAGGAUCUUACUUAAAAAUCCUUAAACAUCAUACUGGAACAUGAAAACUCAGACAGUAUCUCUGAAUCCAACUCUAAGUCAAUAGAGGAAGAGAACGUUGUUGAUUCCCCUCAGGAUAAAUUUGAGAGGAAGAAUAAUGAUCCAAAACUAACAUUCAAUUACAAUUUUGAAACUCAAAUGAAUGAACUUCAAAAGUAAAAUUAAAGUCCUCCUCGACUAUCACGUCUGGGAUCUGGCUCUAUUAGACAACAAAGUUCAAGAAAUAGUACAUAUAAAUACCCAGAUGUAAUCAGUCAACGUGAAAAUUCUUCCAGAUCGCUUACUUAUAGUCCAAUCCCUUCUAAUAGUUAAUAUAAAUCAGGAAAGCCAUCCUCUAAGCAGCAUAGAAAGUCUACAUUUUCAUUCCCACAAAAAUUAAUUUAAUAAACUCGUUAAGUUGAAAUAACCAAUUUUGAUGAUAGUAGAAGUUAGCAAUAAAGACCUUCAAUCAGGAAAAUAUCUACUAAAACUGGAACCAAAGUAUCUAUCAUCCCUUCUAGUUUCUAACCAUUUAGUAAUGUGGAUGUACAUAUUUUUAAUUAUUAAGUUACCUAUGUAUGCUAACAACUCUUUUGGACUUAAUAAUUUCGAUGCUAUGUGUUCUUUUGAUGACUAUUUGCCUCACAAUAAUUACGAGAUCACCAUUUACAAGUAUUUUAUUAAUACAUCAAUAAGGGCGAACAAAUUUAGAAACAUUAAAAAAAUACAUAUUUCUAAGUACUUAUCCGACUAUCAAUUAUCAAAAAUGAUUUAGUUAUUAAAAUAAAAAAGAUUGAAAACAGUUAAAAGUUAACAAAAAUUAGAGUGA